AUGAUUGAAUCUCUAGAACAUGUGAUCCCAUCUUGUGUUUUUCACUUUUUUGUCAUUAGUCUCCAACGCCAGUUAGGGGAAAGGAGGGUCCGAAAGCGCAAGAAUUACAGAUCAUGGAGCUGCCUAAUGAUCAGCAAGAAAUCGAGCUCCAAAGAGGAACCCAAAAGGGGCUCGGAAACUCUCCACUUCUACGUCGACUCCCUCUUCCCAGGAUCGACCAAAGAAACAAAGAAAAAGAAAAUGUUCACGCAUCCAAGAAUAUCCACGUCUCCACAUCCGCCAGAUUCAUACCCCAGAGGCUCCCUAAGAAUCGACGAUUCCUUCUCGCCAAACUUCCCUGCGUGGGAUAAUCAGCCACGCAACCCGCCCAACUUUCUGUCGAUGUCGGAGUCGGACUUUCCGGCGCUGGGGCAACGCAAGGCCGACACUUUUGCGCCCAUGUCACGUGCGCCUAAUAGCCCUAGCCAGCCAAGCAGACCUCACUCCAUGUCCGACCACAACCAGGGCCCUGGCGUCUUAGAAUUUCCGCUGGAAUCGCCCUUCCCGCCGCAACUGAACCUCCCCACGCAUCGCGCCUAUGUCGGCUCGUUGUCGACGAAGAACGACGAGCGGCCGAGCGAGUUCCAGCUUGACAAGAACGAUUUCCCAACGCUCGACCGAGGCGCGCCCGCCGCCGACAUCAGAACCAAACUUCCGGGCAGCUCCGCUCUGGAUGAUGAUUCCAACAGAGGCACAUUUGAAACGACUCCCUUCGACAGCCGGAUGCCAGGACUCGUCCCCGGCCUGUCCAUCGAAAAAGACACUAAAGCUGAUGAAAGAUAUCGAAAUCUUGUGAAUCAACGGCCCGCUGUCAAUUCAGGAACGUCGAUACAAUACGAUCCCAAUACUCAAACCUUGAGUAACGUCCCCAGUUCCAUGCUCGCCGAUAAACACUCCUUCCUGGGUUGUACAAAGAUUUUAAGAGAAGUGUUAGGAGAUAAGCAACAAGCAAGAAGUUUACAAGCAUUUGACCUCGAUAAGAAUCUAACAGAUAUGGGAUUAGCCUUUGUGAAAGGUAACUCGAAUCGUCUGAUUUACCGCUUCCAGUCGCCCUUCGCGGAGAUGCCCUGCCGUGUCCAGGAUAUCGACAUGUUCGUGCCCAACGAGUACUUAACGAACAUCCACAUACGCGAAAAACUCGCCGAUAUCAAGCUUCAGACAGACAAGUACAGCGAGGAGCUUCUGUUUUGGAUAUUCUACUCGAACCCCAACGACCACAUGCAAAUGAUGGCCGCCCACGAGUUGUACAAAAGAUUAUGGAAAUAUCACAUCGAAGAGAAGAUUUGGCUCACCCGUCCCCGCAACAUUGAUGCGCGAGUGAAGAAUCAGACGUACGAAGAAGGGACCUUCAUGGUCUGGGACACUGAAAACUGGAAGAAAGUAGCUAGAGACUUGAAAGUCGAGUACUCGAAACUGCACCCGUCCGAAUACCCCCCUGCACAGCACAGACCAACGUACGCCGAGCCGUCCUUAGGCUCCAUCGCCAGGCCACUUUGA